UAUUUCACAGAGCCGCCCAGGCCGCCUAGCGCCUAGGCGCCGCCUAGCCCGAUUUGUCGAAAAUUUCCUUGUGAUUCUUUAUGUUAUCGGCUUGAUCUGGCCUCUUUUGUUGCCUGCGUCAAUUCUGGUCAAGCAUGGAAUUGAAAAUUAUCGUUGAUGUUGUCUGCUAAAGAACAAAUAGCAUGCGAAGAUCACCUGUUAGACCCUUUUGUUAUGCUCUAGAUUAUCGUUGGUAUGCUCUAGAUUUAGCUGUUCUUGCGGUUGGAGUGAUCGAAAGGACUAUGACUGGUGAAAGAAAAAGUUUUCAUCAAGUUGCAUUUGACCAUUUGAAAGAUCUACAGAACCAUUUGGAGGCUAUCAAUGACAUCCCUCGCAAGAUCAUGAUGGCGACGCUUUUACCUAUGGAUGAUCUUUCUCUCAAUUUGGCUCAUUGUGCCUCGCCAUGGAGCUAUUCUGAAUCACAUUACACAUGUGCUUCAGAGAAAACUGAUAUAACACGUGAAGAGGGAAACAAAUCAGUUGUAUCUUUCACGGGGAAACUACUAGAUAUAUUACAUCACUGUCUUCCUUCAACUGUAAGUUUAUAACUGAACUGGAUCAUGUUCUAAGUGAUGGCGUAAGUAGGGCUUGAAGACAAGCAUUGGAGUGGAGAGCGUCAAUUGCUAAACAUUUGAAGAGUGGGAAUGGCAGUUGUCAAAUUUUGCAGCGUCUUCUUUCGUUAUCUGAAUGCCAGUGGCAAUGGAAAGAGGCAUUAACUGUAUUACGUCCCGCACCAUCUAAGCUGCUUAACCUGAGAGUUACAAGAGCCUUUUCUUCUUUGGGAAUUUAUAUGAUGAUCAAUUGGUUCUUGUGCAUGAAUUGCUUUUUGGAUAUUUGUUAUAGAUCACUGGUUGUUUAUCCUAUAAGAAAAUGGUAGUUAACUGUCUUUCCCGAGCAGAAGGGUACUUGCAAUACACUUAUAGUGGGAAUUCAAAUCAUGUCAUUCUCUU